AGACACAUUAAGGCGGGUAAAGUAGACGUGACCCAGUUCAUAAUACAUUUUCUCACAGAAAUAAAAGGGUCAGAUUUUAUAUUUUUAAAAAGAAAAACAGAGAAAUAAUGAAGAAUUUAUACAAGAAAGGAAAAGGUAAAGAGAGAGAGGGAGGGUUUUAAUUAAGAAAAGAAAAAUUACAGCAAAGAAAAAAAGAAAAAACUAAAAAAGGUACCAAAAAAGAGGUGGGGGGAUGAUGAUGAGGAUGGUAUUUUGGGAUUAUAAACAGAGAAGAAUGAACUUAGACAUGGCUUUCUCUUCUCCUCUCUUAACUUCUCCAAACUCACCACCAUACCCACCUUCUCCUUCUUCAUUUCUAACCAUACCCAAAUCAAGAAACAGGCAGAGAAGGAACAGUAAUAUUAAUAGAAUAAAAGAAUUAAGAAAUCUAAUCUUUUACUUUUUCUUUUUUUCUUAAGGAAUUAAGAAAAGGACCCUUUUAAUUUAUCUUGCUCUUUCAAAGAUUUGAUAGCAUAAUCGUUCUUGUAGUAAUUUUUAUGAUCUGGGUAUUCAUUAAUUACAUGGCAGAUUACAUUUGAAAUGUCUUGUCUUCAAGAUUCCUUCUUCUUCGUCAUCAUAUGCUUUAUCGGUAACCGCGUCCAUUCUGCUCGCUACCAUGAGUUCUAGAUGCUUCACUGUUUGCUGGUUUGGAGGUCAGAAAAUUUGUGCUACACAUUGUUGCUGGGUAAUUAGUAUGUGUUCAACUUUCUCUUUGCAAUCCUACAAAGGACUUGUAGUUGAAUUGUGGACUCCAUUGGUGGAUACAUAGUGCUGGCUUCUCUGUAGAUUAUGAAAUCGCUUUUGUGGGAUUAGCUUACAUUCUGAUUUAGCUUCAAUGGUGGAGCCUAUUAGUUUUUCACUUUGAUUCAAUCACAUUACUAGAAUUUGGAAGAUAUAGAGCUGUGCUACUUCUUUUAUGGGCAUCAUGCUGGAAAAAUUUAAUGUUACAAAAAAUGAAAAGUUGAACAGAUUCUCUUAGAAUGAAAAGAAGAGGAGCACAUGAUUUAUUAGCCUUGGCAGGGUAAGAAGAUAUUUGUUUCUACAAAUUUGAACGAUGGGCUUACCACAAGUUUCUUCUACUGAUGAUAUUAAUGGAGAUACUGCAGCAUCAUCGGGCUCAUACUUGAGAAGCCCACCACAAAUUGCUGGCACGAGCGCCUGUGAUUUAGAUGGAUUGCACAGAGGAAAUUUAAGCCGAACAUUAGGAGUUACUAUCAGUUCCUCCUUGGGGGAUUUUCAGAGGAAGACCUCCUUGCAGCUUUCAAACUUUCCACAGAAUUCACCGAGUUUGGAAGGGUCAGCAGAGGUUACUUCCAAUAUUCAUGGGUUGAUAACUGGUUCUAUGGGCAAAGUUGGUUUAAUUACUCCCAGAAAUGGAAGGAAUAUCCAAAAUCCUGCUUCUAGGAUCGUUGGUUUUGAAUCACGGGGAAUAAGUAGUCCAAAGGAUGGAUUUGAGGAUUUUUCUGCUGAUCUUAUUCAUUCUUCAUCUAUGACACUGAAUGGAACUGAGCUGAGUGGGUCACUUGUCAGGAAAAGGUUAUUGUCACCUCUAAGUAGCAUGCUUUCUGCAGAACAAUUUAAUGGUGAUCUUCUGGAUAUUGGAUGUCAUGCUUUUCAGACGAAUCCCACUUCUUUGACUACUAAUUUAUAUGUUUCUGCAGCACAUGAUUAUAAGAAAGCAAAUGUUGGUAACCAAUUAAAUUUCCCUACAUCAUCCUGGUCCUUGUCCAGUUGUUUAGAUAAAAGGGAUUUGUCAUUUGACAAUAGUACGAGAGCUUCUCUUUUCCUUACUGAUGGCCCUCUACUGGAAAACGAGCACCAACAUACUCAUAAGAAUUGUUUGUACUCUUUUGGGCAUUUCACAGAAUCAAGUGAAGGGAGAACCCCAAGCAGGACGAUAUCGCUAUCCCCUAAAAAGGCAAUUUCAUCUCCUCUGUCAUUGUCUCCUCUGGGUCCUAAGUUAUCUGAAAGAAUAAAAAUGCGUGAACACAAGGAUCUCAAGACUCACUUGGAGGAUCGUUGUUCAAAUCUGGAGGAAAUAAAACAGUCACUUGACAAACAUGACUCAAACAUUGUCUUUGCUCCUGGAGAAGCAGAUUUUACAAUCACGAGUAGAUCAUUUGAGGAUAUUGAUAUCUUUCACAGGGAGUUUCGUCCAUCUUCCCUCGAAGGUGCUACUGACAGCUGGUCGCUGUUUCAAGAAUCAGCUCCUUCCCAAAGUGCAAGAUUUCUUAGAAGUUUGAGUGGCCUUCCUGUUCGUAGGUCCUUGGUUGGUUCAUUUGAGGAAUCACUCUUGUCUGGGAGGUUCUUUUCUGGAAAAUUCACCCAGAGAAUAGAUGGUUUCCUAGCCGUGUUAAGUAUUACAGGAGGAAACUUUUCACCACAGUCACAGAAGCUUCCUUUUUCAGUGACAAGUGUGGAUGGAGAUUGUUAUUUACUUUAUUAUGCAUCCAUAGAUCUUGCAGGAAAUUUAUCAAACAAGCAUAGAGGGCAAAAAUCAAAAAGAGGUCCAAGUAAUGAUGAUUCACAAACUAUUAGGAGCCGCUUUCGUAUUCCUAUGAAAGGGCGUGUGCAACUGGUUCUCAGCAAUCCAGAAAAGACGCCUCUCCACACCUUUCUUUGCAACUAUGAUUUGAGUGACAUGCCUGCUGGUACUAAAACGUUCUUGCGCCAAAAGGUCACUUUAGAUACCUCUGGAACAACUUCCUCAGAAUUGAAACAUCGGCAAAUGAAACAUGGGCAAACAGGUUUGGACACAAAAAUGAAAGACAAGGUGGCUUCUAACCAUACAGUCAAUUCAGUUACUGCUAUGAAUGAAAAUAGUGAAGUCAAGGGAAUUGAUUACUGUGAACUAGUAGUUUCAGACACAGAGAACUUGCCUAAGCAAUCACAGAAUAUGGAAAAAGCGGGUGUUGAUUCUUUUAUGCUUGGGAAUGACUGUGGUAAUGGUAAUUGCCAUGGGACUAGAGAGGAGUGCACUGGGGUGGAUACGUGCAUUGGAAUUGAUAGGCGAUCAGCUCAUGGUUGUUUAAAGGUCAACGAGACUGUCCAGCAUGGUGCUUUACGUUACGCACUCCAUCUCCGUUUUGUAUGCCCUUCACCUAAAAAGUCUGCUAGGUCAGUCCAAAGAUGUAAAUCUGAUCCUACAUCUGUACCGCAAAAGAAACAUUUAGAUGUGGAAGGGGAUCGCAGGUUCUAUUUAUACAAUGACCUGAGGGUUGUGUUCCCUCAACGACAUUCAGAUGCUGAUGAAGGCAAGUUGAACGUGGAAUAUCAUUUCCCAGAGGAUCCAAGAUAUUUCGAUAUCAGCAACUGAGAUUCUUAAUUCACCUCGGUAGAGAGCUGUGGCUUCUUUGCCGACACUGUACAUAUUCAUUCCAUGUUUAUUCGUCAUGUCAUCUUGAAAUGGCACUAAUCCUUCAACUUGUAAAUACUUGCAUUUAAUAAUAUUUGAUGGGUUAAGUCUC